AUGUCAAAGGCUGAUGCCCAAUCAAGUGAUCCAGGUGAGGGUGAGGAAACCAUGCUCGCACGUAUCAUCAAAUACGAGCUGUCGGGAUUGCUUGUCCUACGCGACAAGCUACCACAACCUCACGGUGCCUGCACUAUCUGCUUGGAAGGAGAGAAAGGGUGUAAAAUAUCUUCCAUUCUUGAUGUAGAUCAUGAUGAAAGGUUCCAAUCAUUCAGACAAUGUGGCUACCUCCCAGACGCCCUCGCCAAACCCGACGAAUUCGAGAAUCUACUCUGGACUUGCCCUUCCUGCGCCGAUUUCUUCGACAAUCCAUACCCGACAAUCAUCAUUCUCCCUAAAAACCUCGACUUCUUCGUCCUCUGGGAGCACCGUGACUACGAACGUCGUACCGAAGAAGCCAACUCGGGGGGCGUUGUGUCUCCACGUACGGUCCCGGAACACGAUGACUACAAAGGUCUAUACAAAGUCUACGUGCUAACCAAUGAUCCCACAACCAUUCCCGAGAAAUUGAGGAUGAGGAUUGAAAAUGACGAAAGAGAUUUGUACACUGAGGCUUCACCGACAGCGUUGAUUCUCCAUGCUGGCAGGGCACUCGGUAUGCCUAUGACGUACCCAAAGAAAUAUGGCAUAUCUAUUCCGGUUAAACAUAAACUUUUGGAGCUAUUUGUCCUUUGGGAACGUCAACCUCCCAGAUUGGAGUCUCCAAUGUCAACGGAGGCGGCGGAGUCAUUUUUGAGGAUGGCGAGGGGUGAAUCCAGUCCGUCACCGACUGAGAGGAGGGGCAAAGGCAAGAAUAAGUGUAUAGUUCAAAGUAAGGAAGCGGGAAAAGCAAAGGCGAACGUGAAAGGGAAAGGGAAGGCUAAGAGAGCAAGGAGUUUGAGCUCUCCCGCAAGUUCUGGGGACACAAUGAAGAGUACAACUAAGACACCCAAAUCAAAACGCGUGAAGAUGAAGGAGUUGACAAGGGAGGAUGACAGACAGAGGAGGAGGGCCGAGGCGCAAGGGAAGGAGUAUACCAGUCCUGCUUCACCGGCAAAAUGGCAGUACUCAUUCAGCACAAGGUCCUUGCCUAAGUUAGUUUUGGGGGAGAGGAAGAAUGCUGCUCGAGUCGAUAGGCCGAUUAGUGCUAGUCCUAGCGAGCAGAAAAAUAAUGAGGUGGAAGAGAAUGAAUCGGGAGAUCAUGAUGAAGAUUAUGAAGAGGAAGAGCGAGACGGCGAGAAUUAUAAGGUGGAAUCCUGGGAGUAUUCCGAUGAUGAUGAGGAGGGUUGGGAUUAUGGCCCUCAAAUGACGUCUUCAGCUAUCAUCGAACGUGCAUCUAAGAGGUCAACGAAACGCUAA